CUUGAUAGCGAUCAAUUAAUGCCUUCCCGUCUGUGUCUUGUCGUUGUCGAUCUGGCUGGCUGUGGCCAAGAAUCGUUCGUUUGAUCACCAGCCGCUCGAGCCAUUGUCACAGAUCCAUGUGCGUGUGUUCUGUCAGCUCACUCAUUGCAUCGUCCAUUCCAUACAUGCCUGUCUGUCUGUCUGUGUCUGUCCAUCGGUCUACGCCUCUUGUGUCGGCCACAGAGCGCAGACUGCGUGUCGCGGAUAGAACGAGACCAAACUGUGCACACACACACACACACACGCACACACACGCAGUGCAAGAGAUGGACUGCCCACUGAGCCCUCUGGUCAAAUGCUUACUUGUGGAGUCCGUCGAUUUGCUGCCGCACUGGCAACGCUGAUGACGCCCCGCGCAGCUUCGACGACGGAGAAGCGCCAAGACGCACCAACCCAACUCCAUCUGACACCGACGUACAUCACAUGCCCCCGUCUAUUUGUGUUUGUCUGUGUGCGUACUGCCGAUGCCGCUGUCGUGUGCAGUCUGCCUGGGGUGCAUCUUGACCACAAGUGCAUCGUCACUGAUCGAAGACAUGCACACACACACACCGGGGAAAGAUGGAUCGAUGGCUGUAGCAUCCGUGUGUCACCGACCGCGUGAGUAUUUUGUAUGUCGCGAGCAGGUCGGCCAACUCGACGCCAUUCGUCAGGUACGCCAAGGCCAAAUCGUGGCGGCGGAAACAGUAGCUGUGCGAGGCGAUCUCAGACCAAUGCCUUUGCGUCAACGACCCAUAAAGCAGAGAGAGAGAUGGAUGGAGACACGACGCCCGCUUGUGUGUUUGUGUCUGUGAUGACUACCUGUUGGUCAUCUGGUUGAGGUUUGUGUCUGUCUGUUCCUGCAUGAUGGCCCCCUUCAACGCGUCUGUCCACUGCUGCAGCUCUGUGUCGUCCGUCGAAGCGAUCCGCUCCCCCACACCAGCCAACACUUCACCUGAACACACACACACGCGCACACAUUUGUUCUCACGUAAGAUGCUUUCGGCGCGUGUGGCGUACUCAUUCGCUGCACGACGUCUUCGGGCGAGGCUUUGCUUCCCUCCAAGUAACAGUGCAGCUUGUGUGCAUACGGCGGUCUGGUCACGAGGUGUGCGCCAGCGAUGUAGCCGAGCUGGGAUUGUGUGCGCAGGGUGUCGUAGAGAGACUGGUGCACGAGCUGGGAGAGGAUGCUCAGGUGAACUCCUUCCUCGAUGCCCAGGUAGGGGUACUGAUAGACCAGCAGGCUUGCUCCAUUGACGUCGUCUGCAUUUGGAUGAGACAUGAAUGUUUCCCCAUUGACAAGUGUGUGUGUGUCUGUGUGUGUGUCUGUCUCUCUCACUCUGAAUGGGGUUCGAGGCCUCCACGCUGAUAUGCUGUCCUCGCAAUUGGGCCACAGCUAACUCGGCGGCGUCGGCAGGUGGGAGUGGGUGGCUCACGCCGAUCGUGUGUGCGAAUGCCGUGAUGACGUCCGCACUCUCGGCCUCAUUGAGAUUCCCACAGCUAGGCGACACACACAAAGACGGAAGGGGACAGACAUGACGAGAAAGGUCUGUGUGAAUGUGUAUGUGCGUGUGUGUGUGUGACCUCAGCGCCUCGAGAGUGAGUCUGUCCAUCUGUUGGCUGACGGUCUGCUGCAUCUGCUGAGUGGCUUCUCCCGCACUGCUCAGGCCACUGAGGAACGCCGCCAGCUCGGAUCGGUGGAACGAUUGACGCACACUGAUGGCCUCGGCUAUCUGUGCACAUCACAUACCCACAUGCAACACGUGGAUGGAUCCAUGUGUUGUGUGUGGGUAAAUGCACUCACUUCGCCGGCGGACUGGACGGCCAGUCCUGUGUUGACGUCGCGCAGGUCAGAGAGGAGCGCACUCAGCGCACGCGACACGGACGAAUCUCCAGCCGUGGUGUGUGCGGUGGCGAACGCCUUUGCGGUCGCAUUGACGAGAUGAGGCAUCUGAAGUGCGUACGCUGUGAACCGGAAAGUCCACCCCCUUUGGUGGCUGUACGUGACACGCGCGGUGGCGCCGCACUGUCGCAGGUCAGCCAGGUCAAUGUCGAGGGCGUCACCGAGGACAUACUCAUACAGGCGGCUCAAUGACGACACACGCAAUGCAGCCUGCAUCCAUGACCAACACACAAAAUGACAUACGUAUGGUCUCUCUAUCAUGCUGGUGCAGUCGCUCACCUCGUCUGAGUCGAUCUUGGGAGUCUGGAGGGACACGACCACAUCUGCCUUUGGUGUGAGCACCGUGCGUGUAUUCUUUGCCGAUGGCUGCCCCUGCCACCACAGUGUAGCGCCGUCGACGUUGAUGCGUGAGGGCCCAUCUCGGCCUGCCGUGCGAGUGAGUGGCUGUUGUGUCAGCUGGGGGAUGAAGCGGAGCGGGGGAGGGACUGAGAGUGGCUCGCUCGAGGCACGCCAGGUGGCGAUGACAUCGGGAGGAACGGGGGAGAUGGCAAACGACACCCUGCAUUUGUGACAAAUCCAUCAGUUUAUGUCGAUAUCUCUCUCUGUGCAUGUGUGUGAGUGGCCUGACUUGUAGUGUGGGUCCGUCAUGCAGGGCGGCGACAAAGGAGAAUAGCAUCGAAACUCACCUGCAUUCACCACACACACACACACACACACAAACAUAGAAGCUGUGUACACAAUGUCUGGCUUCGUGGCUUCGUGGAUGAUGCGCACGGUCUGCAAAUGCGAUGUUGGCCUUCUCGGGCGUCAUGUGUGUGUGCAGCACAUCCAUCAGCAGCUCUGUGUCGGGCACAUCCAUGAGUCCGUGCACAUCUGCCAGCAGGUCCCUCGGCGGCACAUGUGGGUAGGACAAGGACUCAGCGAGACGCCACGCAUCAGCACCUAUACCAUUCACCGGGACAGUGCGAGUGUCUUCACGUGUCUCUUCCGUGUCUUACUUAUGUCCGUGCUCUUGUCGGUCCAGGCGAAGUCGACUGACGACAU